AUGGGAACACGCGUUGAUGAGAACGGCACGUCUGUCACCGGCAAGACCAGUGGUCGUUGGGUUACCGGGGGCCGCAAAAUCGAAUCCGUUGCAGAAAGCUCCAUCUUGGGGCCUACGUCAUCCGGGAAGAGGAGCUUUGAUUCCAUGCCAUAUAACCAGCCGUUUGCCACCAUCAAUGCAGUUGAAGUCUGCACCGUCAGCUUUGCGAUCAGCUUCGACCAGCAAGCGGAAGAGAAACAGCAGAAGACCCGGAUCAACAUCACCGUCAACUUCGCCAGAUGA